UCUCAAAAUGCCUAUCACCAAGAUCCACGCUCGUACGGUCUACGACUCUCGGGGUAACCCCACGGUCGAGGUUGACUUGGUCACGGAGACCGGCCUUCAUCGUGCCAUUGUGCCUUCUGGUGCUUCCACUGGUACCCACGAGGCAUGCGAGCUCCGUGAUGGUGACAAGACCAAAUGGGCCGGCAAAGGCGUGACCAAGGCUGUUGCCAAUGUCAACGACAAGAUCGCCCCCGAGCUCAUCAAGUCUGGAAUCGACAUCAAAGAUCAGACUGCCGUGGAUAACUUCCUCAUCAAACUUGAUGGGACUACGAACAAGACGAAUUUGGGCGCCAAUGCUAUCUUGGGCGUCUCCAUGGCUAUCUCCAAGGCUGCCGCUGCUGAGAAGGGUGUCCCUCUGUACAGCCACAUCUCCGAUCUCGCCGGAACCAAGAAGCCAUAUGUCCUGCCUGUUCCGUUCAUGAACGUUUUGAACGGCGGUUCUCAUGCUGGUGGCCGUCUGGCUUUCCAGGAGUUCAUGAUCGUCCCCAGCGCUGCCCCGACCUUCUCCGAAGCCAUGCGACAGGGUGCUGAGGUGUACCAGAAGUUGAAGAGCCUCGCCAUGAAGAAGUAUGGCCAGUCAGCAGGCAACGUUGGCGACGAGGGCGGUGUUGCUCCCGAUAUUCAAACUCCGGAGGAGGCUCUCGACCUUAUCACGGCGGCGAUCGAGGAGGCUGGGUACACCGGAAAGGUCCAGAUUGCCAUGGAUGUUGCCUCGAGCGAAUUCUACAAGACCGAGGAGAAGAAAUAUGACCUCGAUUUCAAGAACCCUGACAGCGAUUCCACCAAGUGGCUCACCUACGAACAGCUUGCCGACUUGUACAAGUCCUUGGCAAGCAAGUAUCCCAUCGUCAGCAUUGAGGAUCCGUUCGCGGAGGAUGACUGGGAGGCAUGGAGCUACUUCUUCAAGACCUCCGACUUCCAGAUCGUUGGUGAUGACUUAACUGUCACCAACCCCGAAUUCAUCAAGAAGGCCAUCGAUACCAAGGCCUGCAAUGCGUUGCUUCUCAAGGUCAAUCAAAUCGGAACGAUCACCGAAGCCAUCCAGGCGGCCAAGGAUGCUUUCGGUGCUGGUUGGGGAGUCAUGGUUUCCCACCGAUCCGGAGAGACCGAGGAUGUCACCAUCGCUGAUAUCGUCGUUGGUCUCCGAGCGGGACAAAUCAAAACGGGUGCUCCGGCUCGCUCAGAGCGCCUCGCGAAGCUCAACCAGAUCCUCCGCAUCGAGGAAGAGCUGCAGAGCAACGCUGUGUACGCUGGUGCCAACUUCCGGACCGCGGUGAACAUAUAACUUUGACCCGGCUUUUCGGUGCACGCAGGAGCGGCGUCCAGGGAUACGGGAGCGACAGGCUGUCCACCAGGCACAACGGCCUAACAAAGCUUGAAUUCGAUCAUGUAGUAAACUUAGCAUGCAAGUAUUCCGUAAAAAGCAAACGAAAAUUGCAGCCCCACACGACUUCUGUCAGUUCCGAUAUCCGUGAGUCCAUCACGUUAGACACGGAGCGAGAGAGAUAUUCAUACGCCCGUCAGGCCUCUCUGAGAGGCCCAUGUGGGGAACUACCUAGUUAGACACGGAGCCUUGUGGUGUCCCAGUGCAGCAUCCCUGUUCCCAGAAUCCCAGCUUCACAUUUCACGUGCUCAUGCCAGCCAUCGAAUCUGAUAUGUAUUCCCAACUUGUGCCUCC